CACGUUGUAUCUUCUCAGGGAAAACAUCGGCUCGUUCAUUUAUUUUUAAGUGUUUUCAGCUUUAAAACAGUAAGAUGCCGAAAACCAAACAGUCCAAGAGGAGGAAGAAGUUCGAUUACAACAAAAACCGGAAGAAACUCAAACAGAAGACCCUGAAGAAAUACAACCCGAGAAUCGAAAAUGAUCAGAUUCGAAAUGCGUGGGACAAAAAUAAAUCAAUGGCGAGGAAUCUUCAAGAGAUGGGUUUGGCCUUUGACCCAAAUAGGAGUUUGCCCAUAAAGAAACAGAAGCUCAUUGGUAAAGAUUUUGUGACCAGCGCUCCAGUCGGCAUCAUCACUAAACCCUACGUGCUCAACAAGAUGGAGGAGGAGGCCAGUCUGCCAGAGAAGGACACAAAAACAUUGUCUUCAGACCUGAUUGAGUACGUUCAGUACAUGAUCCGAGAGCACAAGGACAAUUACAAGGCGAUGGCGAGAGAUGAGAAGAACUACUACCAGGACACCCCCAAACAGAUCAAGAGGAAGAUAAACGAAUACAAGCGCUGCCAUCCAGACCAUUUUAACGUCUUCAUGAGCUCACUCACAACUCCUGAGCCCAUGCAACAGUGACCCCCAGUGUGCAGGAGGGCUAUGGACACAAGAGACACUUCACUGCAAAAAUCAACAACAAAGCAAUAUCUACCACUAAAAGUGAAAACGCUUUAGUUCAGAAUUUUGUUUUUUUUUUAGUUGUUUUGACCUGUUUGUGUGCUUCUUUGUUUUUAAGGCAUUUUGUCUAGUCAACUUACUGUUUAUAGGGUCCAUUUUGAACAAGUUUUAUUAUUCAAAAGAUAACUUAAUUUGUUUUUAAUUAUUAAUUGCUACUCAGAGACUGCCAACGAUUCAUCAUUUUCAGGCCAAAUAUCUCUGUGGAGUU